GCCAUCUGCAAUGUGCAACUGGUGAAAAUAACAGAGCGAAAAAAUGAGUGCAUCGAGGGAUCAAGAUGCAACUUUGGUUCCCACGGUCAGAGAAGUGCAGCAAAAGUUUGCAGAGAUCCUAAGUCAUGGAGAAGAUAUAACCUGGGAUCUGCUUACGCUUAACCAGGCAGAGGUGCUAAAAAGGAAGUUGUCCCUGUUUAAAGCCAAUACUAACAUGUUCUAUUGGAUUUGGGAUCAACGAAAAUACACAAAUGGACAAUCUUUAACGUCCCUCUUUUUUGUGAUGAUAGUGGACAAUGUGAGCAAUCCACAGAUGGCCGAAGAAAGCAGAUCCUGGCAUCUGUAUCCUGUUUUCCGUUGUCGACGCUGUGUGGAUAAAACUGGCCAAGCCAGUGGCAUCGACUAUUGCAUGGCGUACGUGACUCAGAACUCAUGUUGUGGAAACUGGAAAGAGUUUCUGUUGCUGCCAGAUUUUCGCCAAGGUUUAAUGGUUACCCCGUAUCGUGGAGUGUACAAACUGAUUGAUGGUCAGGUUGAGCUAAAAUCGUAUUCCAUCACAGACCGGCCUUGCUCGGGACUUUUACCAAAAAUCAAGGAUUACUCCAUAACGCCCGACUCCUUGGCAUUAGCUUCCAAAACGCUUAUUACUCGUAAAAAACCAAAAAAUGUUUUUGAUUUUCCAUUGGUUUUUGAAUUUUGCACAUGUGAACGGAUGCUCAGUUUGCUCUUGAAUCCUGAUAGCGAGCAGCAAUCUUGUGACAUAAUUGAUCUUUCCGAUUCUUUAGUUCUAUUUACGGAUACUUUAAAUAAUUUUCGUCUGGCAUCAAGAAUGAUCAAAGAAGUGAAUUCUGCAAGCAUCUUGACUAAUCAGCAAAGAAGCGUUUUUGACAAGAUAUCUGAGGAAACUGCACGAAUUGAGGGCAAAGUGGAUCUUAUACGUAGUGCCAACGGAGUUCCCGAAAAAGUUGAGCUCGACAACCUUUUUCAACCCAUUCAGAAAAAGAGAAAACUAAGGAAAUUACCUGAAACACCCAUGAAUAUCAUUGAUGUACCCGAUUCUCCAGAAAUCACCACAAUUAAUGUGAAAGGAGAAGAAAUUAACCUGGAAGUCUAUGGCAUGCUUCUUAGAGAACACAUCGUUAGCUUGGAGACCUUUGAAAUUCUGAUUACCAGCAUGUCUGAGCAUUUGGAACCCGAAACGUUCAAACUUAUUUUACAGCUCACGCAAACUUUUGUGGAAAACACCAGGGAAGAAAUGUGCCAACUUCUGAAAUAUUAUUUUUCGACGGAAUCCGUUCUUUAUCAGAUAAUUUUGAGUAUAAGAAGAUAUUAUCCAAGAUGGGACUUCGAUGAAAUUGAAGAGCAAUCAUCGGAAAUUUUAAGGCGUUUGCGGUAUUUCUUUGCCUCUUCUGACCCGAAUUCUCGUAUUGAAUUUCUGAAGAAGUGCGACAAAUGUGUCGGUUACUACGACUUAUUUAAUAAUAAUUAAAAUAUAAUACUAUAACAUUGUUUAGUACUAUAAGAGUAAACGCGUUUUUUUUUCAAAAUCAUUCGAAUGUUUUU